CCCUCUAUCCCUUCAUCAUCAACCAGCAUACCAACAGCAACACAGGCACUCCACUCCACCUAUGCAUCCCGUCUACGUACGGGAACAACGCUUCUCAUGCAGCCCAUCCUGACCAGCGCUUCAAUGGCCGCAAUUGCGACGCGCUCUUCGCGCCGUGGGGGCGCCGUAAACUAUGCCGAGCCAGGAUCGGGGGAUGAGUUUCCAGAUGCUGGGGCUAUCGAUUCAGACGACUCGGACUUUGUGGCCAGUGGAGGGACAAGGUCUGCCAUCCGCGCCGCACGACUUUCUACCCGCAACCCUGUGGGCACAUCCGUGUUUCGUGCGGGAAGCAUUACGCCGGUCGCACCGCCACCGCCGCCUCAAUCGCAACAACGCAACGAGCUCGAUCAGAGCUAUCUUGGGAAAAUCCCUCCUUCAAGAUUCAUUACUGCGAAGCCCUUCGCACCCACCAAGCACGAGUACUUCGAGCCCGAAGAAAUGAGCAAGCAAGCGCUGAAGCCGAUUUCUCUGGUGCCGAUUCGCGUCGAAUUUGAGACCGAGACUCAUCGAGUACGAGAUUGCUUCGUGUGGAAUCUACACGAAAAUCUCAUCGCACCGGAGUCAUUCGCUCGGACAUUUUGCAUGGACCUCGACCUCCCGAUCAACCCUUGGGCGGAAACCGUCGCGAAUCAGAUCCGUGCGCAGUUGGAGGAGCACGAAGGCAUCGCGUCUGUAGACUUUGGAGUGGAUCCCGAGCGAGAAGACGUGAUGCCUGAGGGUGAGGAGGUCAGCGAGUGUCGGGUCAUCCUGAGCAUUGAUGUGCAGAUCGGCACCUACCAUCUCUCAGAUCAUAUAGAAUGGGAUCUGCUUUCCCCGCUGACACCGGAGACGUUCGCGAACAAGCUCUGCUCCGAGCUCGGUCUGUCCGGCGAGGCCGUGCCGCUGGUCGCACACGCGGUGCACGAAGAGCUCGUCAAGCACAAGCGGGAUGCGCUCGAGUGGGGCGUCAUUGGGGGAUACGGCAAGGAGACAGCGGAGGACGCCGACAAGCCGCGGGAUAAGAGCGGGCUGAGUCUGUUGAAGGACAAGACGGGGCUCGGGCUCGGGUGGGGACGCGCGCCGAAGGACGGGCGGGGCCCGAAGCCGCUUAGGAGCGUGUGGAGGGACUGGGCGGAGGCGGAGGAGUUUAGGACGCGUUUUGAGCUGUUGACGGCGGAGGAGGUUGAGCGGAGGGAGAUUGAGAGGGAGCGGGCUAGCCGGCGACUACGGCGCGAGACUUCGAAGUUCCAGUCGCAGGCGAUUUCCAGGAGACGGCGAUGA